AUGAGUAUUGUACGUAUGUUGUUGGUUGAAAUAGGUCAAGAUAUGCUUACAGCUCAACAACAAAUUUGUGCUCAUAAAUCUCAAACACGACGAACAGUUCAAUUAAAAAGAUUAUUACUUGAAUAUGAAUUAACGCAACAAAAAAAUCUUUAUAAAUGUUUAGCUAUUGCAACGGAUCCAAGAAACUUAAUUGAACAACUUGACGUGGAAUCAUUCCAAGAAUUAAGAUUAGUUAUUAAAGCAGAAAAAUCAGUUAAAGAUACAUUAGCUGCUAUUAUUAUGAUUUUACUUAUUCUGAAUGAACAUAAAUUAGUUGAAGUAUUUAUACAAAUAAUUAUGCCAAUGCGUAAAUGGUAUAUUAUAUUUUGUAAUCAAGAUAAUCUUAAUAAAUAUUCAUUAAAUGAAUUUACUUCACAUGUUCAAGUUCUAUUACCAGGUAUUGAAACAACAUUUCUACCAGUACGUAUUCAAAAAUUUAUUUAUUCAAGUAAAACAAAAACAAAGAUGAAUCAAUCAACAAAUAUUGAAGUACGUGGAAAUUAUCAUGAUAAUAUAUGUGGCAUAGGUCAAGAAGAAAUAUAUAAUCUUGAUUUAUGGAGAUAUCUAAUGGAUAAUAAAAUCGAUGAACCAAUGUUUACAUUUGAAAGUAUUAUUAUUCAACAAGUUCAAGGUGUACAUUCUGGUCGAUGUAACCAAGAUUUAACUGAAUCGAUCGAACCAUUUAAUGAAUUAGCUGCUUAUUAUGCUCAAAUGGCAAUUAAAGAUCUUGAUUUAAAUCAACAACAUCAUCCAUUAUUAAAUGCAUGUGAUAUUCUUAGUGGAGACAAAAAUGGUUUAGAUAUAUUUUUUGGUGAUGAUGAAAUUGGACAAACUUUUCAACAAAUUAAAACUCUUCUAAGUGCAACUAAAACACAACACAUUUUUCAUUCGAUUUGUCAAUAUUUACAAUUACAAUAUGAACAACAACAACAAACUAAAGAUAAUUCAUUUGAGAAUUAUCGAUUACGUAUAUUUUGGUUAACUGAUAGUGAUUGUUCAGAUGUUUUACCUAUUCUUGAUCUUCUUCUUAAUUUAUCACAACAAACAGGUUUAUUAAUUGAUUUACAUUAUGCAGAUUCUGAUCCAGUACAACUUGCAAAUGCUCAACUAACAUUUAAUACACAUCUAACUAAUCAAACAAAAAAUUUAUCUAUUAUUUAUGAUGAAACAAUUGAUUUAUAUGAUAGUAAAACACUUGAAAAAAUACCAUUCAAAUCAUUUGAUAUUAUAUUUUCUUCCAAUCAACUUCAAGGAAAUCAAGAUUUAACAAAUUCUUUAAUUGCUCUUCGUCGUUUACUUGUUCCUAAUGGUCUUCUUUUAUUACUUGAACUAGUUCAUGUUCCUCUUUAUUUUGAUCUUAUUUUUUGUUUCUUUGAUCAAUGGUGGUCAUCUGCCAAUGAUAAUAAUCGUGCAUUAAAGAAUAUUCAACAAUGGACAACAUUAUUAGAACAAAUCGAAGGAUUUCAUAUUAUUGAAUCAACAACAAAUCAAAAUGAAAGCACAUUAAUUAUUAGUCAAAAAACAAUAUCUAAGGAAAUAUUACAGACGCUUGACGAAAGAAAAAAUCAAUCAUGGUUAAUAUUUACUAAAGAUGAUCAAAAUAAUAAAAAUAGUUUUAGUCAUAUUCUAUCAACAUUAUUACCAUGUUCAAAUAUUAGAAUUUUUGAUAUUCGUAAUUCAACUUUAGAUAUGAUUUGUUCUGUAAUACCAGUUCUAUUAACUACUUAUAAACAAGUAUCUAUUAUUUUUGCAUGGCAACUUGAUCAAGUAUUAUUGAAUGAAAAUAAUGAUGACGAUUUAGCAUUGAAACAAAAUGAAGAACUUAUAUAUCAUGCUCAAUUUAAUAAUGAUUCGAAUCUUGAUAUAAUUCCAUCACCAUUUAUUGGUCUUGAACGAACUUUACUAACUGAAUAUGAACGAAAUCGAUUAAAAUUUAUUGAUCUUCAAACAUCAUUAAAUAAUAAUAAUUAA